GCCGCUGGUCCGUACGUAAACGAUAUAAAGGACCCUUUACAUGUGCUGUUUAUAUCGAGUUCGACCGGUGUGUGCUCUUAUUAGUGUACGUGCUAUUUAUUGUUGAAGAUAUUCAACUUAUGAAAAAUGCCACCAUAUCAAGGUGAUAACAUGGCGCAAAUGAAGAGAAUGGCUAACGACGACGUGCAAUACACCAAAAGAAGAGAUUACGAAUGGCAAAUAGUAUGGAGAAACGUCUUGGCUUUCAUCUAUUUGCACGUCGCCUCAUUGUACGGCAUUUACCUCAUACUGACCUUGAAAUCGAAGAUAUUGACGUUAUUAUUCGCUUUAUUCUUCGGGGUGCUCUCAGCUAUGGGGGUGACGGCGGGCGCACACCGGCUGUGGGCACACAACGCGUACAAGGCGCGAUGGCCGUUGAGACUUUUCUUAGCUGUGAUGCAGACUAUGGCCUUUCAGAACCACAUAUAUGAGUGGGUGCGGGAUCACAGGGUCCAUCACAAGUUUACUGAGACGGACGCCGAUCCUCACAAUGCGCGUCGCGGUUUCUUCUUCUCGCACAUCGGCUGGCUGAUGGUGCGCAAACACAAGGACGUCUUCGAGAAGGGCGCCACUGUCGACAUGUCUGAUCUAGAAAAAGAUCCGAUUGUCAUGUUUCAAAAGAAAACAUAUCUGGUUGUGAUGCCGCUGUUGUGCUUCAUACUGCCGGCGUGGGUGCCGGUAGCGCUAUGGGGUGAGAACCCCUGGCACUCGUGGUAUGUCGCCUCAAUGUUCCGGUACACACUGUCGCUGCACUUCACCUGGCUCGUAAACUCCGCCGCUCACAUCUGGGGCAACCGCCCGUAUGACAAAUACAUAGGCGCUACGGACAAUAAAACAGUUGCUAUUUGCGCCUUCGGGGAAGGUUGGCACAACUACCACCACGUGUUCCCAUGGGACUACAAAGCGGCGGAAUUGGGUCAAUACAGUACAAAUUUUUCCACAGCUCUGAUCGAUUGGGCGGCAAAAUACGGAUUGGCUUACGAUUUGAAGACCGUUUCCGCUGAUAUGAUCAGGAAAAGAGUAACAAGAACUGGUGACGGAUCACAUCCAUACAGCAAAGAGACAAAGAAGAUUGAAGACGAUCAUCAUCAUCCAGAGAAUCCGGUGUGGGGCUGGGAGGACACGGACAUGCCAGAGGAAGACAGAAAACUCGCAGAAAUUACGAACAAAAUUACGGAAUAAUUGCAAUUACGCUAAUAGCCAAUGCUUAAUUUUAACGGUGUACAUUUGUACUCAUUAGAGCGCGCGCACACUUCUUACUAAAAUAUCGCAUAACUGUUUAGUCGCUCUCUGAUUGCUAUGAGCUUAUAUGUA